AUCUGAUGGCUUCCAAGUGACAGCUAUUUUUCUGGGCUGUUUGGUGCUGGUUUUCUCUCAGGAGCCAAUGAAAGUCCCUGAUCUCCUGCUCAAGACACUUUCAAGUCCAUUCUCAGAGCUGUUUCCCCAUCUCUCCUCUCUCCCAGCAAUGCUCACCAAACUACUGGCAGCUUUCUUACUUCUUUCAGUCUUUCAAGCGUGUUCCAGAAAAAUCGAAGACGAUGAGUAUGAAGAUCUAACCGUCAACCAGAAAUGGUUCCUCGCCCCCAAACUGCAAAGUAGAGAUGCCACCAAAAUUCUCAACCAACUGCUGAAGGAAUAUGACAGGAAACUGCGACCAGACAUUGGAAUAAAACCGACAGUUAUAGAUGUUGAUAUUUUUGUGAACAGCAUCGGGCCGGUUUCGUCAAUUAACAUGGAAUACACCAUUGAUAUCUUCUUUGCUCAAACCUGGACUGACGACCGCCUCCGGUUCAACAGCACGAUGAAAAUCCUAACACUAAACAGCAACAUGGUUGGGCUGAUAUGGAUCCCGGACACAAUCUUCAGGAAUUCCAAGACUGCGGAAGCGCAUUGGAUCACGACACCUAACCAGCUGCUCAGGAUAUGGAACGAUGGGAAAAUCUUGUACACGUUGAGACUAACAAUAAUUGCGGAGUGUCAGCUGCAGCUCCAGAACUUUCCGAUGGAUGAACAUUCCUGUCCCCUGAUCUUCUCCAGCUACGGAUAUCCCAAGGAAGAAAUGAUUUACAGAUGGAGGAAGAAUUCAGUGGAAGCGUCUGAUCAGAAAUCUUGGCGUCUCUAUCAAUUUGACUUCCUGGGCUUAAGAAACACAACAGAAAUCGUGGAAUCAACCGCAGGAGAGUAUGUCGUCAUGACGGUGUACUUUGACUUAAGUCGAAGAAUGGGAUACUUCACGAUUCAAACCUAUAUACCGUGCAUAUUGACAGUCGUCCUGUCAUGGGUAUCGUUUUGGAUUAAGAAAGAUGCAACACCAGCCAGGACAGCACUGGUUUCCUGCUUUCCAUCACUGAAUUGUUGGAAGUGCCAUACUUCAGAUGGUAUCACCACAGUAUUGACCAUGACAACCCUCAGCAGCAUCGCAAGAAAGUCGCUCCCGAAGGUCUCCUACGUCACCGCCAUGGAUUUAUUCGUCACCGUGUGCUUCUUGUUUGUCUUUGCGGCUUUAAUGGAGUACGCCGCACUCAAUUACUACACUUGCUGCAAGAAACCCACUUGUACAAAAAAGAAAAAGUCGAACUAUUCUGUGCUGAAUGUGGGCCCCACCUCCGCAGUCAUAACCAUUAACAAUUCUAUGUACUGGCAGGAGUUUGAAGAUGCUUGUGUGUACGAAUGCCUGGAUGGUAAAGACUGUCAGAGUUUCUUCUGCUGCUACGAGGAAUGUAGAUCAGGAUUGUGGCGGAAAGGAAGAAUCCACAUAGACAUCUUGAAAUUAGACACAUAUUCACGGGUGUUUUUUCCCACGUCGUUUUUGCUAUUUAAUCUCGUCUAUUGGGUUGCUUACCUCUACCUUUAA